AUGUAUUCAACAGAAGAAGCAACUGACGUAAAGCGGAGCAACUACCGCAGCAUCAGAGAAAUGAUUCGUCUUUCCUACACGGUUGGAUUUAAUCUAACCAACCCAUCAUCAAAAUGGGGAAGAGUUCUCAGAGUCUGGACAAUUGUGUUGAGUCUGAGUAGCGUUGCUUCACUCUAUGGCCAUUGGCAGAUGUCUGUGCGUUAUGCCCAGGACAUACCACGCAUUGUGGAGGUAACUAACACCGCUCUUCAAUUCCUCACGUCUAUAGCAAAAAUGUGGUUCUUUCUUUUUGCCCACCAGAAGCUUUACGUUUUAUUAAAAAUUGCUCGUUGCCACGAAUUGUUGCAGGAAUGUGAGCUGUUUGUUGUAAUGUCUGAUCUGCCAGUGGCCAAAAUGUUGCGUCAGCAAGUUGGCAGGAUUAUGCAAAGCUAUUGGGGGAGCACGCGUCGGCAAUUGCUCAUCUAUCUCUAUUGUUGCAUCUGUAUUACUAGCAAUUAUUUUAUCAAUUCAUUUGCAAUCAAUUUAUACCGGUAUUUCACUCAACCACAAGGAUUUAACAUUGUCCUCCCUCUGCCCUCGUUGUAUCCAGCCUGGGAGCAUAAGGGCCUAGCCUUUCCCUACUAUCAUAUCCAAAUGUAUUUGGAAACCUGCUCUCUCUAUAUCUGCGGCAUGUGUGCCGUUAGUUUCGAUGGCAUUUUCAUAGUGCUUUGUCUGCACAGUGUUGGACUGAUGAAGUCACUCAUCCAUAUGAUUGAAAGCUCUACUUCAUCAUUGGUGCCGCCAGAGCGCAGAGUUCAGUAUUUGCGUUGUUGCAUUUAUCAAUACCAGCGAGUGGCCAGUUAUGCCACGGAGAUAAAUGAUUGCUUUCGCCACAUAACACUUACCCAGUUUCUCCUGAGUCUCUUCAACUGGGGUUUAGCGCUUUUUCAGAUGAAUAUUGGUUUGGGGUCAAGUCCCAUCACCUUGGUGCGCAUGAUUAUGUAUCUGAUUGCAGCUGGCUAUCAAAUUGUCGUCUAUUGCUUAAAUGGUCAACGAUUUCAGACAGCUAGCGAGAAAAUUCCAAUGGCGUUUUACGAGUGCUCCUGGUACGAGGAAUCCAGGGAAUUUAGACAACUCAUUAAAAUGAUAAUAAUGCGAACGAAUCGGUGCUUCCGUUUAGAUGUGUCCUGGUUCAUGCAAAUGUCGCUACCUACAUUAAUGGCGAUGGUUCGAACAAGUGGACAAUAUUUUCUUUUGCUUCAAAAUGUCACUCAAAAAUAG